AUGGUACUGAUGUACCAGGUGUUCAGGAACAUGCAGCUGAUGGUACUGAUGUACCAGGUGUACCAGGAACAUGAGCUGAUGGUACUGAUGUACCAGGUGUUCAGGAACAUGCAGCUGAUGGUACUGAUGUACCAGGUGUUCAGGAACAUGCAGCUGAUGGUACUGAUGUACCAGGUGUUCAGGAACAUGCAGCUGAUGGUACUGAUGUACCAGGUGUUCAGGAACAUGCAGCUGAUGGUACUGAUGUACCAGGUGUUCAGGAACAUGCAGCUGAUGGUACUGAUGUACCAGGUGUUCAGGAACAUGCAGCUGAUGGUACUGAUGUACCAGGUGUUCAGGAACAUGAGCUGA